AUGCAUUCUUGUGAGGCACUGCUACCACUACUGGAGAAGAUUGCAGGCCGCUGUCUGGAUCUUUGUUUAUCCAGUGACCUGAAAGCUUUGUCUGUUAUCACAGAAGUUCAACUGUCCAAGGAACCAGAACCAAUUAUCAGCUAUUUUCAGUUAGAUACCACUUUGCUAUCAGAUUGUUUGCCUGAGGUAACUCGCAUGGCCCGGAAGUUUACUCAUAUUUCAACACUGCUCCAGUACCAAAAGCUGUCUUUGGCCUGCAUGUGUGAAGCAUGGGAAGACAUUUUGAUGCAAAUGGACUUAAGACUGACAAAGUUUGUGCAGGAAAAGAGCACAAAGACUUCCGUGCAGGAAGAGUUCAUGGAACUACUGAUGUGGGGUAAAGCUAGUCCGGAGUUGCAGUCUUUGUUAAUGAACCAGCUAACAGUUAAGGGCUUAAAGAAACUCGGACAGUCCAUAGAAUCAUCUUAUUCUAGUAUUCAGAAACUGGUUAUAAGUCACUUACAAAGUGGCUCAGAGGCUCUCCUGUAUCAUCUAAAUGAGUUAAAGGGAAUGGCAAUGUGGAAACAGAAAUACCAACCUUUAGGGUUAAAUGUGCCAGCCAUAGAAGAUGCCAUAAAUGCUGUAGGAACAUUUAUACUGAAAGCAAAUGAAUUGUUACAAGUUAUAGACAGUAGUAUGAAAAGCUUCAAGGCAUUUUUCCGAUGGCUAUAUGCAGCAAUGUUGAGGAUGUCUGAUGAUCAUGUUUUGCCAGAGCUAAACAAGAUGACACAUAGAGAUGUUUCCUUUGUUGCUGACUUCCUGUCUGAGCACUUUAAAGAGGCACCAGAGCUUUAUGAUCAAAAGGGCCAGUACUUUAAUGUUGAGAGAGUUGGUCAGUAUUUAAAAGAUGAGGAUGAUGACCUAGUAACUCCUCCAGAGACUGAAGGAAAUCCGUGGUUUACCUUCUUACAAAAUAGUGUCCAUCUUAAAGAAAGUCCCUUGCUUUUUCCAUAUUUUCCCAAGAAAUCACUGCAUUAUGUUAAAAGACUUGUGGAAGCACAGAUUGAUAGUUGCCUACAAAAGCCGGCUGAGGUGAUUGGAAAUUCUGUCCGUCAAGUUGUCUACAUGCCUCUGUACAAGCUGCAUCCAAUUGAGGGGAUUGUACCCAGAUUUUCACUACCAUCAUUUUGGAACGAUAAGUCAUCAAAUCUACAGUAUGUAGUGUUCACAAUGCACAGCAUUGAAUCUUCCAGAAUCUAUAUUAUGCGAAGACCUACAGACCUUUCAAGGUCUAUUCCUAAUUGGCUGCUUGCUGUCGAGUUUGGAGAUCUGGUGUGGAGCACCAGAAAUGACAGUAUCAAGGAAAGUCAGUUCAGCUUUUUGGACAUUGGUUUUUAUGAUGAUGAAAUGCUGACAGUACUAUUGAAGGGACACACAGACAAAGAAGAGAAAGGUCGAAUCUUGACACAGUUACCGUUAUCAUCGAUUUACAUCAAUGACGAAACCGAGGAAGAAUUCAACUUGGAUACUGGUAAAAGGUAG